CGUGCUGUCUGCACACUGAAGAAGAAGAAGAAGGAGAAGGCCAGUUGGGAAACCCCAGAAAGAAAGUGAGGGAUGCUGGUGUGGAGGACAGACGUCGCUGCCGCCUUCAUGGGGCAGUGACAGGAAGCACCCUGGACCUGGCUGCAGGACUCCUCAGCAAGGGGAUAAUGAAAGAAGAAGACUUCACUGGAGAAGACGACGAGAUGCCAUCCUUCAGAUACCGACCAAAUGUCCCCUUCUCACGUUGGCUCUACCACUGGCUUGAUAGCAACAACUGUAGCCAGUGUGAGAAGACUUUGACCCUCCAGACGUCUGUGAAGGUGCUGUACGUCUUUGUCGUCUUGCUGAUCAUCGUUGUGGCUGUAUUGGCUGCCUUGGUUUUUAAGAAGGUGGACUCUAUCGCUUAUGAUGUUACCUCAUCUCAGACAUACUAUGAGAAGAAAAUUGAGUCGGUCCAGGGGAACCUUCAAGAACUGGAUCAGAAUUCCCCGGGCAACUGUUCCUUCUGCCAUGACACAGGCCAGCUGGGCCAGGAGAUCAGCAAACUUCAGGAGGAGCUGGAGGAGAUCCAGAAGAAACUCUUAGCCCAGGACGUGCUCCUCGACCGCACAGCUCAAGCCCACCAAAAGCUUUCGUCCACCAACAAAGAGAUCACCGGUGAGGUGGAUGGUUGCUCUUCGGCCAUUCAGCAGGUCAACCAGAGUGUGAGCCUCUUCCUGGCCCAAGUGCAAGGUUGGCAGGCAGCCACCUCUGAGCUGGGCAGUUCACUGAAGGAGUUGUCACAGGAGCGGUUUGACAUUGAGGCUGCUGUGCAGCAGAUGAACUUCACUGUGGGGCAGACCUCCGACUGGAUGCACAUCAUCCAGAGGAAGACGGACGAGGAGACGCUGACGCUGCAGAAGAUCAUGACCGAGUGGCAGAACUACACCCGGAUCUUUGGCAGUUUGCGGGUGACCUCGGCCAAAACGGGGGAGCUGGUUAAGAGCAUCCAGACCAGCCUCGGUAUCGCUUCACAAAGGAUCAGCCAGAAUUCGGAAGGGAUGCAUGACCUGGUUCUCCAGGUGAUGAAUUUGCAGUUGCAGCUAGACAACAUCUCCUCCUUCCUGGACGAUCAUGAGGAAAACAUGCAUGACUUUCAGUACCACACCCGGUACACCCAGAACCGGACAGCCGAGCGCUUUGAAACCUUGGAAGGCCGCAUGACCUCCCAUGAAAUUGAAAUCAACACCAUCUUCACCAACAUUAAUGCCACUGACAGCCACGUCCACAGCAUGCUCAAGUACCUGGACGACGUGCGGCUGUCUUGCACGCUGGGCUUCCACACACAUGCUGAGGAGCUCUACUAUCUCAACAAAUCGGUCAGCCUCAUGUUGAGUACCACGGACCUCCUACGGGAACGCUUUAGUCUGCUCAGUGCCCGGCUGGACUUUGACAUCCGCAACCUCUCUAUGAUCAUGGAAGAGAUGAAGACUGUUGACACCCAACACGGGGAGAUCCUCCGGAAUGUCACCAUCUUACGAGGUGUUCCUGGGCCCCCAGGCCCCAGAGGAUUCAGAGGAGAGCUUGGCGGAAAGGGGCCACCUGGAAGCAGAGGACCGAAAGGCGACGCUGGGAGUAUGGGCCCACCCGGCCCACCGGGAGCCCGGGGUCCUGCAGGCCUCCAAGGUCCACAAGGCGAGAGAGGAUCGGGGGGCCCAAAAGGCCUCCCUGGAUUCAAGGGCAGCAAGGGAAGCUUCGGACCGUCUGGUGCCAAAGGGCAGGCAGGCCCAAAGGGCGAGGUGGGGCCUCCCGGGCCGGAUGGUGCAUCUGGGCCAGCUGGAGUUGCUGGGCCACCCGGAAGUCCAGGCAUCCCAGGCAAACCAGGGCCACCAGGCCCAAUUGGGCCAACAGGGCCAAAAGGGGAUCCGGGUUUACGAGGCAGGCCAGGGUUACCAGGACCACCUGGGCCUCCAGGACCAUGAGCUUGCGCCCCACAAAGGGAUGGUGGUGGAUGUGGGCAGUGAAACAGCUGCAGACACCUCCGUUCCCUCCAUGGAAA